AUGUCUUCAAUUGAGGAGAAAGUGCGCAGCAUAUUGAACGCCAAAGAUCUGGGCGAUAUAACAGCAGAACUAUGCGAUUUCUCGCUGAAAGAGCAGUUUGCCACGGCCGAGGCGCAAGGCGUGCAGCCAUCGGCGACGGCCGACUUUGUGCCCCAGGUCGGGCAGACGAUCAACUAUAUUGUGGCCUGUGUGCUGUUCAAUGAGCACGACGAGCUACUCAUGAUCGAGGAGGCCAAGCCCAGCUGUGCAGGCAAAUGGUAUCUGCCGGCAGGUCGCAUGGAAAAGGGCGAGUCGAUCACAGAGGCAGCGGCACGUGAGCUGUUCGAGGAGACAGGCCUCAAUGGCGAACUGACCACGUUGCUGGCCGUGGAAUCGGCCGGUGGCUCCUGGUUUCGCUUUGUGCUAACGGGUCGCAUUACGGGCGGACGGCUUAAAACGCCCGCCGAUGCGGACUCGGAGUCAAUACAAGCUCUGUGGCUGCGCAAUCCCAAAGAGGUGCCGCUGCGUGCCAACGACAUACUGAGCAUCAUUGAAAUCGGACGCGCCUAUCAUCAGCACCAGAAGCAGACACAGCAGCAGCCGAAUGUGCCACACCAACCACAGUGGCAUGGCAAUGUGCUGCCCACACGUCAUCCGCACAAGCGCAACUAUAUGCGUGUGCUUGCCGUGGCGCGAAAACGUGCCAGCAACUCGAUGAACAUACUCAUCAGCGAGAAGAAUACGCAUCAUUUUCCGACCGUCGAACUGCAUCCGAAUCGCAGCCUGCACUCGACAUUGCGUAAAUUUAUGAUUGAAAUAUUUGGCGCCGAGCUGCCGCAGCAUCGGCCACACGGCCUGCUCAGCGUGGAGCAUGCAACAAGCAGCGAAGAGUGCACCGAUGGCAUCUGCCUGAAUCUGCUGGUGGCUUUUAGGCCGCCGCUUGAGGAGAUUUCGCUAAUUGGCAAAUGCAUUUGGCAGGAGCUCAGCCCGCCGCUAGACGAGACGCUGGCCCGCAUACUCAGCAGCAAACAUGCGUCCAUUCCACUGAACGUGGUACGAUAACUGCUUAUCGGACUAGUUCUAGCCUAAUCUCUCUAUCCAAUGGUGCAAGCUCAUAUAUAUAUAUAUAACCUUUAAUUAGAUAAUACCAAUGGCCACUCAUUUACACAAAUGAGACAGUCGAGUCUGUGUUUGACUUGGACUCCUAUCUUUUAAAUUAAAUGUGAAACAUUUUACUCGAGC